CACUAACGCCCGCCUGCUCAUCCAAAGGUGAUAAAACUCUCUGAGAUCCAUUACGCCCCUGCGUCAACAUUUAACAUCUGACUCAGUUUCCUGUGCGCGCGAGGCAGAUGAGAGCGUGCACAAGCCGGUCGGUGCAUGAUGGGACAGGGUGCAGGGAAGCAGCUAUGCCCGGCUUGUCGGGGCCAUGAGUGACGGUGGCAGCUGCGGAGCUGAAGAAGACGCACCUCAUGGGACCCUGCUAUAAUGAAGCGUCUUAUCUAGAAACAUCGCGAGGAGCGCGCAUAGCUCCAGAAACCGGGCCAGAGAGAACUCUCCUUCCUGCGCUCUCAUAACGCCCUGAUCGGUGAAAAACGGCGAAACCUCCGUCUUUCAGCCUGGCAGAGACGAACCGGUGCCAUCAGCGCCAAACGGCUGUGGGUGCGUAGUAUGGGAGCGCUAUGUUGUCCCGGAAAGGACUCAUCCCUGAGGAUUACCUGCUGACACGUUUGGCUGAAGAUGUCCUCCAGCCAAAGUUCAAGGCGAAAGCGGGUAAAGCUCGCUUCGUGGCCAAAAACGGCACCUGCAAUGUAGCGCACACCAACAUCCGCGAGCAGGGCCGCUUCCUGCAGGACGUCUUCACCACUCUGGUGGACCUAAAAUGGCUCCACACGCUGAUCAUCUUCACCAUGUCCUUCUUCUGCAGCUGGCUUCUCUUUGGGAUGAUCUGGUGGCUCAUCGCCUUUGCGCACGGUGACCUGGAUCACAGAGGGGACGACUUCGUCCCGUGCGUAACGGACAUUCACUCCUUCUCCUCCGCCUUCCUCUUCUCCAUUGAAGUCCAGGUGACCAUUGGCUUCGGUGGCCGGAUGAUCACGGAAGAGUGCGUGUCUGCCAUCAUCAUCCUCAUCGUGCAAAACAUCGUGGGACUCGUCAUCAACGCUAUCAUGCUCGGCUGCAUCUUCAUGAAAACGGCGCAGGCAAACCGGCGCGCAGAGACGCUCAUUUUCAGCAAGCACGCGGUGAUCUCAAUCCGAAACAACAAAUUGUGCUUCAUGAUUCGCAUCGGGGACCUGAGGAAGAGCAUGAUCAUCAGCGCCACCGUGCGGAUGCAGGUGGUGAGGAAAACCACCACACCGGAGGGAGAGGUGGUGCCUCUAGACCAGAUCGACAUCCACAUGGACAACCCGGUGGGAACCAACGGGGUCUUCCUCGUGUCCCCGCUCAUCAUCUGUCACGUGAUCGACAAGAAUAGCCCCCUGUACGAGCUGUCCGCCUCUGACCUGCUGCACGAGGACGUCGAGGUGGUUGUGGUGCUGGAGGGAGUGGUAGAGACCACGGGCAUCACCACACAGGCUCGGACGUCGUACGUGGCGGAGGAGAUCCUGUGGGGUCAGCGCUUCGUGCCCACAGUGUCCGAGGAGGACGGCAUGUACGCGGUGGACUACUCUAAAUUUGGAAACACGGUGAGGGUGCCGACCCCAUGCUGCAGCGCCAAGAAGCUGGACGAAGUGGGAGGGAUCGCUCAGUUUAAGAUGAACGAAGGGGUCACGUUGCGUGCGUCUGUGAGGAGACGGCGAGGAGGAGCGGUGGUGCGCAGGUCCAGGGUGGACAGCCGUUGAUGAUGCUGGCCUUUAAAUAUAAUUCUAACAAGAUUAUUCAGAGACAAAUUUUAUUUUUAAUAUAUAUUUAUGCUAUGCGCACAAAGAUUAAACUCAGGGUCAGAAUGCACUGAGGGCUUUGAGAUUUAGAGAAAUCCUGAGUUUGUAUGUUCAUCUUUUUUUAAAUUAAGAGUGAAUGCAUGUCUCUAGAAGCAAUAAAGGUGAAUGAUUCCUGUAAUAUGUGUUUGGGGUCAAUUUAAAGGGGCACGUGAACGUAUGACAAAGUUGGGGGACUCGGACAAGAAAUCUGACUCAGAAAAGUGAUGCUGGCACCACUUCUUUCUGGGUGAAAUCUGAAAGGAGGUUAAUGGCAAAGAUUGGGUGAUUCGCAAUUUAAAAGCUUAAAAUGUGAAAACCGAUUGGUUUGACACGUAUUCAGUGUCCCAACCCAAUAGUUAGAGAGCUAUGCAUUAAAAAAUUUUUAGAGUAAUAUUGGCAUCUUAUUACAGCUCCUGUUGUCACAGAGCAAUCACCUGCUACAUGGAGGAACACACUUUGUGUAUGUGUGUGCCUGUCCUGGUUAAGGGGAAAGACAGUCUCUAUAAUCUAUUAUACAUUAAUAUAAUCCUAUCAUAUGUCAUCCAGGCUGUCCAAAGCUUGAGCUCAGCAGGACAAGUGAGCUUGGUGAGGGUUGUUGAAGAUGUUUCAUUGCUCCUCUGAAAGGCUUCUUCAGCUCCAACUCUGAUCAUUAGACCAUUAGAAUGCAAAUCAUCAGUGACAUAGUUACCAAUCACAAACUUUGUGCAAUAAAUUGAGACCCUGCAGGGGUUGGAAAGCACACAGGUCCACAAAAGUUUCCUUGUUCCUCGGGAGGUACCUGCAGUCAAAAAGCACCUUAAAGACCCUCUAAAGUGAAAUCACAAAAUUUGUGUCUUAAUACACUGGAUAUGUUAGAAUAUGAUUGCUGUAAACGUGAAUACACUGAGAUAUGCAUAUGAAAUCAGAUUUUCAAAUCUUAGGGGAUCCUAUUUCUCCAAAGUGGGCGUGGCUUCAGCACAUUCAACAGACACGCCCACACCAUCCUGGUGCAGAUUUUACUGCCUCAUUUUUUAUGAUUUUGUAGCUUAAUUUCAUAAACUUGGAGAUGUUUUAUCAGUCUAAAAUUUGACCAGGGGGUUCAAAAGGCAGUGGCCUGUCAUACAACAAAACCUAAAUAGAGAUUUACUUUCACCUUACAGGGUCUUUAAGCAGCCAAACAUACUCUGAGAAUUUCAAUUUGGCACCAAUGAUACAAGUAAAUAUUAACCCAAAGUAAAAAAAAACAUCAAAUAUAAACAACAAAAGUACAUUUGGUUCCUCGUACUGUUACAUCCCACACCUCACAAUCCUACAUUUCCAAUAAUGCACUGUAACAUCUUUGCAUUAACUCCUUUCUUGCCUACAAGUAAAGCAGACUUGAUUCCUUUCGAUGUGUAGACACCAAAUUCAUCACUCUCAUCAUCUGGGUUUUUUCUCAGAUUUUAUAAAUUUCACUGAAACAA